AUGUCGUGUCAAAAAUUUGAGCUGUUGCUCUCUUGGGUUGGUGGAUCCUUGUUUUUUUCGUGCAGUAUUGUCUUACUAGCUGUAUGUAAUGCCAAAUAUGAAUUUAUUCUUGUGGAUAUUGGAGAAGCUGGGCGCAAAAGUGACAGUGGCAUUUAUAAGAACAGUCCACUUGGCCAAGCAAUAGAUGAAAAUCUUUUGGGAUUUUCAGAGGAGGUUCUUAUUUCUGGCUACAAUAGUGACAUCUUGUUUCUCUAUAUUUUUGUUGCCGAUGAAGGAUUUGCAAUUAAGGAGAACAUGAUGAGACCUUAUGCAAGGGGAAAUAUCUUUGAUAAAAGUGAAUUUGUUUUCAAUUAUCGACUGUCACGUGCAAGACGUGUCAUUGAAAACAGUUUUGACAUUCUAGCAACAAGGUUUCGGAUAUUUCGAAGCCCAAUAAUCACCCAUGUGGAGACUGUUAAAAGUGUUACCAGAGCCUGUGACGCAUUACAUUAUGUGUCUUUUUCCCGCUUCUCCUCCGCAUGGUAUGAAAUAUUUUAA